GUUUGGUGUCGAAACUUCCCUUCUGGCCUUCCGUAGAGCUUCAUUGCAAUUAGCGUCCCAUUGGUGGUUUUCGAACCCACUUGGUUCAAAUUGCAGAAAGCCCAGUAGAGAGAAGUGCUAUGCCUAUGAUCCUUGAUUAAUCCCAAGUCCUCUUUUGUGCUUUUAUAAGCCCCCACCUUAAUCUCUCUAGAGAGGCUAUCAAGCUACAUGCCUCCCAGCUCCGGAAAAUUCCAAAGAAUCCACCAUCUAUUGACUAUUCUCUCUCCUACUCAUAAGUUCCAUAUGUUGCCAAAUAACAUUCACAUGUCUCUGUUUCAUAUGGAAAAGAUAAAUUAUUUCCAACUUUUCGCUUGAAGUUUGUUCACCACUAACAUCUUCCCCUCAUUGUCUACACAGCGAACUCGUUUACUAUGUGUCAAGGCCUUUGAAAGCAAAGCUAUUGCAGAACAUCACAGACACUACUAGGGAGCUUCCCUCCAUUUUUGCAAAGUUGGCCAUGAACCCGAUAGUUUUCUUGCUUCUUUUAUCCUUGUUUACACCCGUUUUGGAAGUUGAGCCCGCAAAACCCAGGCUGCCAGGGAAACCCAGGUUACCCAGCUCCCACAUCACUGUGAUGGGCUUCGUUUACUGUGACACCUGCUCCAAUAACAGCUUUUCCAGACACAGCUACUUCCUGUCAGGAGUAGAAGUCAAAAUAGAUUGCAUGUUUAAAGCGCGCUCAGCUAAAACAAAGGAACAGAUAACAGUUUCAGUGAACAGAACGACAGAUAAGCAUGGAAUGUACAAGCUGGAAAUACCAUCAGUUGAUGGAGUGAAAUGUGCCGAAGACCCUGAUGUUGCAUCUUCUUGCCAAGUAAAUUUAAUGGGGAGUUCAUCCUCCUCAUGCGAUGUUCCUAGCUACAGAAGCACAUCUAAUGAGAUAACAGUCAAAGCAAGAAGAGACAAUCUCUGCAUUUACAGUCUAACUCCUUUGAGUUACAGACCAUCUAAGAAGGAUAUCGCCUUGUGUGGUAACUAAAAGAAGCAGCUUACACUUGUAGUCUGUUGAAUUACUUGGCCACUUGUGUUUGACAAAUUCCAAGAACUCAGAUAUGCGCUAUCUUAUUUUAGCCUAUCAGGGGCACAGAUAUUUUCUUUCUCCCUCUUGAUUGUUUA